AUGGAUGGAUGGAGUGAGGUAGCUAGAAUACCACUAUUUAAUCAUAAAUUAAAUAAUCCUAUUCAAAUUAAUAAUGGUAAUAUAACUGAAGAUUAUCAACCUCAUAUAACUUCAUUAAAAUUUGAUACCACUCAAAAUUUAAUAUGGUGUGGAGAUUCUCAAGGUUAUACAAGAUCUGUAACAAUUGGACAACCAACAUCACCUUUCCAUACUCAAUUAUUUCCAUAUACAAAGUUUCAAACAAAUACUGAGGAUCAAUCAAUUUCACAAAUACUCUCGCAUAAAGACGGAAUUUACUCACUAUCAAAUGAUCAAUUGAUUUUCAAUAAUAGAAGAGGUUUACAUAAACAAAGUUUUGAUCCGGAUUUCUUCAAAGAAGGAGGGGAAAGUUUCAAAAAAUUAAAUUCAAUGACUUUUAAUUGUAAUUCAUUGAAUGAUAUUGUUUUAGGUACUGAGACAUCUUUAUUAAAAAUUGAUAUGAAUAAACCAACAAUAUUAGAAAAAUUUGAUCAUGAAGGUAAAAUAUCUUUAUUAAAUAAUACUCCUCGAUUUUUGACUUUGGCAAAUGGGAAUGGUUCAUUAGAGUUAUUUGAUUCAACUUCAAAUUCAUCAUUAAAAACUUUUUCAGCUCAUAAUGGAUUGAUUACAGAUAUGGAUGUGAGAGGUAAUUAUAUUGCAACUUGUGGAUAUUCAAUACGACCAAAAAGAUAUCAUUAUAAUCAAACACCAGAAUAUUUGGUUGAUCCUUUAGUGAAUAUAUUUGAUAUAAGGACAAUGAGAGCAAUGUCUCCAGUACCAUUUGCAUCAGGGGCUACGUCAAUAAGAUUUCAUCCAAAAUUAACAAAUAUUAUAAUUGCAGCAUCACAACAUGGACAAAUUCAUUUUAUUGAUAUUUUUGAUCAAACAAAUAUCCAUUUAUAUCAAGCUGACUUAUCAAUGAAUCAACCUCAGUUAUCAUCAUCGAUUAGACCAAGUAAAUUAUCCGAUUUGAACAUUAGUGAAAAUGGUGAUUUCUUUAUGUUUAAUGACGGACAUUCAAAUUUACAUUUAUGGUCAAUUACAAAUUCAGGAUCUUUAAAUAAAAAUUUUGUAAAUUUUCCAACUAAUAUUGAGAAACCAGACAUAAUAAAUGGAACCGGAGCUGGAGAAAAUGGAUUUAUUGAUAUUGAUGAUUAUUCUGUUCCAUUAAGUUCAGUUGGUAUGCCAUACUAUAAAGAUUUAUUAUUGUCAAACUGGCCAACAGAUAUGACAUUUGUAAAAGAAACAGCAAAAUUACCGAAUAAAAUCGAUGAAGAAUUACUACUAAAAUGUGAACGAAACCCAGGAAAAUUUAUAAAAUAUGAUGAAAUUAAAUAUGGUCCUGGAAAUGUUGAACAACCUUAUUAUUCGAUCGCUCAUACAAAAGAUACUCAAAUACCACAAUUUCUCAGUGAAAGAAAAGAUGGAGUUAAAAGAAAACAUAGUUUAUCAGAUAAUAUAUUUGAAGUAUCAAAAGAUUCCAAAAUACCAAAUUAUUUUGCCAGAUUGCAAAUUCAAUAUUCAAAAUUUGGUGUGAAAGAUUUUGAUUUUGCAUAUUAUAACAAAACGGAUGAAUAUUGCGGUUUGGAGAAUCAUAGUGAUAAUUCAUAUAUAAAUUCAUUGCUACAACUAUAUAGAUUCCAAGCAAUGUUUUACAACCAUAUUGUUCAAUCAUUGAAUGAAGAAUGGUUACCAAAUAGUCCUCUACAAAUGAAUGAUAAUCCCGAAGGUUCAUCAAUUUUAAAUGAAUUGGCUUAUUUAUUUGAUAUGAUGUACAAAGCAAAAUCAAAAAAUGUCAAAACCACCAAUUUCAGUCAAGUUUUAAAUCACGAUAAAAAAGCAAGGCAUUUAUUAAAUUUUAAUGAAUUAAUGAAUUUAAAUUCCCAAGAAGUUAGAGAGCUAAUAAUAUCUUUUAAUCAUUACUUAUUAAUACAAUUAGAUCAAGACUUUAAAAAACAAUAUGAUACAACUUUUUCAAUCACUGAAUUAGUGUAUCAGAUAGAGACUAAAGGUAACAAUCCAUCAUGUGAUUUCCAUACAAAACAUGGAGGUACAAUGUUUUCAUUAGAAUUAAUUACACCACCAAAUAACAUGUUAAAUAAAAUGAGUAUAUUAAUGAAUCCAAAUCAUCAACAACAACCAACGAAUAUAGCAAAUAUAAGAAAAAAUUUAAACAUUUUAACAUAUUUAGACUAUUCAUCAAAUCAAUUUAAAACAGUGCCAUGUCAACAACAUCAAAAUAGUCAUCCACAUACUUUAGAAUUUAAAACAAGUAUUACGAAAUUACCAUCUGUUUUGGUAUUAAAUGUCAAUUUAACAAAUGAAGAAUUUAAGAUUAUCAACAGUUUAAAACAAUGGCUUGUACCUGAGUUUUAUGCAAUCAAAACUGCCAAUAAUGGAUAUAACUACAAACCAACUCCCCCAAAUAAUAACAAUUAUAAGAAAUAUGAAUUAUUAGGUUAUGUAUGUGAAAUAAGUCAUCAAACUGAUAAUUCAAGAAUUGAUUCAAAUAAUUUAGUUUCAUUUGUUAAAGUCAAUGGGUCUUGGAUUUUCUUUAAUGAUUAUUUAGUUAUACCAAUUGAUGAAAAAGAAGUUUUUAAUUUAAGUUAUUCAUGGAAAAAACCAGUCAUUGUAAUAUAUCAAGAAACAAAUUCAAUUGAAAAAUUUGAAUAUUUUAAUUAUGAAAAACAAAAUUUUAAUGGAGAUUCAUUAAUAUUAUAUAGAGAUCAUUUUGUUGGAACAAUAAGAGAAAAUUAUAAAAAACAAUAUAAAUUAUUAACAAAACAAGAAGCUCCAGAACCAGGGACAUUAGUUGCAAUAGAUGCAGAAUUUGUAACAUUAAAACCAGAACAAUUAGAAAUUUCAUAUACUGGUAUUAAAAAAUUAAUUAAACCAAAAGAAUUAUCAUUAGCAAGAGUUUCAGUAUUACGUGGAGAUUUAAAUUUAGAUUCUACAAAAUUUGGUAAAGCUUUUAUUGAUGAUUAUAUUGCUCAUACUUCUCCUAUAUAUGAUUAUUUAACGAGUUUUAGUGGAAUAGAAACAAAUGAUUUAAAUUUGGAAAAAUCAACCAAAAAUUUAGUAACUUUACAAACAGCUUAUAGAAAACUUUGGCUUUUGUUGAAUUUAGGAGUUAUAUUUGUUGGUCAUGGAUUAUAUAAUGAUUUUAGAACAAUAAAUUUACAAGUUCCAUUGAAACAAAUUAAAGAUACUUCAGAAUUUUAUUAUAAAUCAAGUUUUAAAAGACAAUUAAGUUUAAAAUUUUUAGCUUUCAUUGUAUUGGGGGAUAAAGUUCAAUUAGAUAAUCAUGAUUCAAUAGAAGAUGCUAAAACUGCUUUAUUACUAUACAAGAAAUAUAUUGAAUUAACAGAGAAAGGAGAAUUCGAAAAUAUGUUGAAUUAUAUUUAUUCUGAAGGUAAUAAGUUAAGAUAUAAAGUACCAGUAAUAUGA